AUGGUCGUAAUUCCAAAUGCGGUCACCGCAGCGUCGCAAACCACAGAAAGUAGUGAUGACGUCACGGGGAAGGAAGAGGCUGCGAAGACAAUUCAGUGGCAGAGGGUCUAUCGUGGAUAUCGAACGAGACGAGAACUCAACGGCUUGGGAUUAUCGCCUUCUACUCGAUGGACGGAGGCACUGAAAGAUAUUCAAUGGACUCAGCUUCACGACCUGACAACGUCUGAUGACAUUUCCCACUCCAGCGAGGAGGGAAAUGACACCGCAAAAGCGCGCCAGAAAUGGCGGCGGGCCGUCAGCGUUGCCAUGCAAGCCGGCCGCAAUAAUGACAGCAACAACAACUCUAACGAAUCAGCCCAAGACCACCUUCAAGAUGACCAGUCUGUACCACGGCCCGACAUCCUACCAGCCCAAAUUUCCAAACAAAUGGACCUUAAAUACUUCCUGGAAAUGGUGGACCUCAAACACAGACACGGCAGCAAUCUGCGCGCCUACCACGCAGAAUGGAAGAAAAGUCCAACGACCCAGAACUUUUUUUACUGGCUGGAUUACGGAGAUGGACGGGAUGUCUCCUUGGAGAAGCGUCCGCGGGAACGUCUUGAACGGCAACAGGUGAGGUAUUUGUCUCGUGAGGAACGCGGGAAGUACCUCGUCAGCGUGGAUAGGGCGGGACGGUUCAGGUGGGCGAAGAAUGGGGAGCUUGUUACUACGGAUGGGGAACGGUUCAGAGAUUCCUUGGAGGGAGUUGUCCCUGUUGAUGAUCCGGCGCCACGGUUUAGGGGGAAUGAAAGGGGGGACACGUCCUCCUCCUCGGACUCAUCGUCAGCGUCAUCGUCAGUGUCAUCGUCGGGGGAAAGUCAGGAUGAGACUGGGUCCAACGAUACUGCUGGAAAGCAGGAAAAGAAGAAAAUGGGCUCGAAAUUGGCUCAUCCAGCAGCCAUACUCAACCGUCUCGUCGGCAAGCCAUCAAAAAAAGAAGAGUGGAUCUUUGUCGCAGACACGUCUUUCAGACUAUACAUCGGGAUAAAAGACCACGGCACAUUCCAACACUCCUCCUUCCUCCGCGGGGGUCGCAUCGCCGCAGCGGGGACGAUCAAAGUCCGCGAAGGACAGCUACGCAGCCUGAAACCGUUAAGUGGACAUUAUCAACCGGCAAUGGCCAAUUUCCACGCUUUCAACCACGCUCUCCAGAAUCAGGGCGUGGAUAUGUCCCGCCUGUCGAUGAGUAAAUCCUAUGCUAUGCUUGCGGGCAUUGCCGGGUAUUCGAAGACGAGACGGAAGGUAAAGGAGUUGCAGGAUACGCUUCAGAAAACAGAACAGGGCAAGGAAGUAGAAGAGUGA